AUGUCUUCUCUUAACUCUUCCUCCAAUCAUCCACCUUCUCAAGACGAACACAACCCUAAAGAAUUGAAUGUGGUGCAAGAACUGGACCAGGACAAAGAUGUCGAGCAACGAGUUGCGCCCGACCAGGUCGAGGACAAAUAUCGCACAACCAGAUGGGAGAUCUGGGCUUAUUAUGCUUAUUACAUAGGCAACAAUGGCCUCUCUCUAUUCACAAAUACCGACUUUGCACCCACUGCCUGCCAGAACCUCCUCUCCCAGGCUGCAGGCGAUCAAGGCACCCUAUACUUCGCCGGAAGACAACGAUCCAUAGACAGCAUCGUACUGCUAAGCAACGGCAUCUCCUUUGCCAUCCAAGUCGUCCUCUUCCUCAUAAUCGGCAGUUUCGCAGACUUUGGCAACUGGAGACCCAACAUCCUGAUCGUGUUAUCGGUCGUCGCAUACGCCAUCGGCUUCGCUUGGCUGGGUGUACACGAAGCCGACAAAUGGCACGUCGGAGUCGGACUAUACAUCGUCGGGCUGAUCGCCUACCAGACCACGCUAACGUUCUGGACGGCAGCGUUUCCGGGUCUCGCGCGGAACACGAAGGAAAUGAAGGACGUCGCAGAGCAAUACGUCGCGGGAAGUAUUUCCAGAGACGAAUACGACCAUGUUGACACGAUGAAGCGCAGUCAGCUUGCCAAUAUUGCUUUCUAUGUGCAAUCGGUAGGAGAGCUGUUCGUGCUAGCUGUUAUUGUGGGGAUUAUGUUCGCAUUGAACGUCGAUGCUAGCGAAAGCAACAAUAACUGGGGAUUAAGCGUCCUUAUAGCUUUCGCUAGUGGCGUAUGGCUUCUUGUCUCGUUACCGUGGUUUGCCCUGGAGAAGAGACGCCCAGGACAGGAUCCCCAGGGAAGCAAUAUUGUUAUUGCCGGGUUGAAGCAGCUCGUCCAUGCGGCGAGACAGGUCUGGAAGUUGAAACAGAGCGUUAUAUAUCUCAUUGGUAUAGAUGAUAUCUUCAUUCCUGUAGAUCACACUCAGUCCAUUGACAUACAUACUACAGGCUACUUCCUCCUCGGCGAUUCCCUCAACACAACAGUGACCGUCAUAUCGACCCUACAAAACAGCAUCGUCUCCUACAACACCCUCCAAUUAACCUACCUCCUCCUAGUCGGCAUCGCAGCCCAAGCCAUCGGCAUCUACGCCUUCUGGUACGCCCAAAAACGCCUCAACCUCAGCACCAAAACCAUGUUCAAUCUGAUCGCCAUCGCCAUCAUCCUCCUCGACGGCUGGGGCAUGAUAGGCAUCUGGACCCAGAAAUUCGGCUUCCAUCAUCUCUGGGAAGUCUGGCUCUACCAAGCCUACUACGGCCUCUUCGUCUGCCCGUGGUACAGCUACUCCCAGAUAAUGAUAUCGGAAGUGACGCCUCGCGGCCACGAAUUCCUCUUCUUCAGUCUGUUCAGUAUCGUGGGCAAGACGUCCUCGUUUAUUGGCCCGCUCGUUUCAAGCGCUAUUAUUGAUGCCUCGCCGUCGGGGAAUAGCUCUAUGCCGUUUUACUUUCUUUUUGCGUUGAGUGUGCUUAGUUUUGGGUUCUUGGUUGUGUUUCUGGAUUUGGGCGUGAGUAGGGAGGAACAGAGGGUGUUUUUGAAGGGGAGGGAGGAGGAGGUGGAGGAGUAG